UAUUACCAUUAUUACUAUUGCCAUCAUCAUUAACAGCAUCAUUGUUAUUCUUCUUAAUUAAAUAUAAUCUCAGGGGACCUCAGCCUUUGCCACUUAAUGCUCGGUUUAACCUCCACGCGCUUCUUAGGUUAAACCCUUAAUGUAUUUUAUUUUAUUAAUGGUAGCACCUUAUCCGUUUUGGUUUCUCCAUUGCAUUUCCUUCCCCUAGUUCUAGUUACAGGUAGGUAGACCAUGGAGAGACCUGGUCUGAAUAGAGACAUUGGAUUCUUAUCUCAUUAUACAUGAUAAAGCUAUCUUUAGUCAUCUCACCCCUUGCUUUUUCCUGUAAGACCAAUUGCAGUCAUCCACGGGUUUACCACACCUAUUAGCCAAUCCCCCAUUCCCACCACCCUUCUGAGCAAUACCCCUCCCCACCCUCUCACUAUAUAUAAGGGUCUCGUGACUUCUGUUUCAGGGUAUCUGAAGAAGUGUGCAUGCACAUGAAAGCUCAUACCAAUGACAAACUUAGUUGGUCUCUAAGGUGCUCCUGGAAGGAAUUUUUCUAUUUCCUUACCCUGACAGACAAAAUCAUAUCACCUUCCUCAGAGGGAUCCGCGUAUCCCCUUCGCACCCCACCCCAGCUCCAUUCCUCCCCCAGCUCAAUUUGCCCUCACAACAACCCUGCCAGGUAGACUGGGCUGCGGCCGGCAGGCCCAAGCUCGCCCAGAGAGCGUCGUGGUUGCCGCCCAAGUCUGCACCCCAACCGCCUUUGCCCCCCCUCUCUCCCCAUCCUUCCUCUCAGACCAAAGAAUCAUAGUCGGAAGGAGACCCCUGCAGGUCAUCUAGUCCAACCCCCUGCAAGGCAGGAAUCUCAGCAAAAGCAUCAUGACAGAUGGCCAUCCAGCCUCUGCUUCUGCCACCUUCUGAGGGUGUCUGUUCCACUGCUGAACGGCGCUUACAAUCGGAAAGCUCUUCCUGACGUUUAGUCAGAAUCUCCUGUAUUGCAACUUGAAGCCAUUGCUUUCGGUCCUAGCCUCUGAAACAGUAGAAAACAAGCUUGUUUCCUCCUCCAGCACAUACUGUGAUUUUAUAUGUGCUGGAAGCCCCCCCAGAGUGGCUGGGGCAACCCAGUCAGAUGGGUGGGGUACAAAUAAAUUAUAAUUAUAUCCAUGUGACAGCCCUUGAGAUAUUUGAAGACGGCUUUUCUAUCUCCUCUCAGUCGUACCUUUUACAGGCUAAACAUGCCCAGCUUUUUCAACCGUUCCUCAUCAGGCUUGGUUUCCAGACCCUUGUUCCUCUUGAUCACUCUCCUCUGCACACAGCUUGUCAACAUCCUUCUUAAACCACCCUUCCACCUCACCAGGCCCAGCGGGCACCAGCCAUCACUGGCUGCCUCUCAUAUCGGAAGUAUUUUUUAAUAUAAUUCGUAUACCGUGUAACUGCAGUAGUCUACGCAGCUUACAAAGAUGCAAUACGAAAUAAAAAUAAGUUAAAACUAUAAAAUCAAGCUUCUCUUAAAAUGCCUACAGAUAUUUUUUUAAACCCACGCUUGUAUUUAUUUGAAUAUUUAUGAAGUGCACUUUAUUUUAAAUGAAAACAAUUUUUAAAAGUCAGACAUAUCAGUAAAACCUGGUUGCCAUCCUGGCCGGUUGCUGUUGAUAGCCUUAUUGCUCAGUUCAGUUCUGCGUACCUCGGAUUGUUUUCCAAGAGACAUAAGAUUGAGCAGUCUAGGAUGUGGUAUUUGAGGAAAAGCUUCCAUGGACUCUCAUUUUUUAGAAACAAGAAGUUGGUUACAUAACUUCUGCAAACUGCGAAAUCAAGAAAUCCUAUAUUUCAGAAUAAGUGAAUAUGCAAUCCUUCUUCUCCUGUUAACACUUGGAUAUUCCAGUAAUUUGGGGGCUGAUAGGAAGACACAAGUCAGCAAAUUGCAAUAAGAGAAGCUGGGGUCAGACAGGGAAGGAAGGAAGGAGAGCCACGCAGUGCUUUCCUCCUCAUUUCUGCCUGCAGAUGGAGUUGCUGAUAGAUAAUAAUUCUGCUGGACUUUUCCUACACAAGGAACAUUGAUACACGAGGAUCCAUGGCAGUGGCAGCGCUUUCAUGGCGAGCCCUGGGCACGUGGGCAGGACCCGUGUGAGGCUGCCUCCAAUGUUGGCACUAUGGGGCACCUACAGCAGUGCAGGGGAAGCCCUCUUUAAGCAGAGGCUUGACAGGCAUAUGUCAAGAAUGCUUUGAUGGUGUUUCCCGCUUGGCAGGGGGUUGGACUGGAUGGCCCUUGUGGUCUCUUCCAACUCUAGGAUUCUAUGAUUCACAUGUGCCCCUCUGUACAAGAAAGCGUGUUUACUUGAGUAGGUUGCUGGGAGUCACUUCCAGCACCUUCAAAGAUAACUGCAGACACCUCAGAGCUUCUCAUUUGACAUUAAGAGAUCUGGUGAGCGGGUGCAUUGCUGGGCUUCUUUCCCUCCUGCAUGGAAAAAGGUUGUUUUCCUGCCCUGCUUGUUGGCUGGGCAAAGAGAAUCCUGCUGCAGGAUCAACCUUCUUCAUUAGCUAAGUUGGCGAGAAAGUUGGCCCGCUUUCCCCGUGUGGCAGUAAACAGCCCCGAGUGCAGCAAGAUAUGCUGUGCCUACCGCCUCCGUGUUGCAAGCAGCUGCCUAAGUCAUGAUUGCUCUUGCCUGCUCUUUCCUCUUUGUCCUUUUGCCCUCUGUAAGGUAAGCCCUGCCACAGGCUACCUGUUGCAACGUAAGGCCAGGGUGGGGCUGAUGCUCGGUCUGUUUUUUUUGUUAUUCACAGCCCUGCGAUCCACCAGCUGCAUCUUAAAUUCACAGUGCGAGGGGGGCAUUAGUGGUCCCCUGGCCUUGAAGGAGCAUGACUCAGUGUGUGUCUGGUGAUCCUAAAUAUGCACACGCUUGCUAGCUGGAGGAGUCCUUGGAGUCCGGCACUUGUUGCAAGAAUCCGGAAGUUGGCCCUGGUCCACCCCGGUGGAUUGAAAUUCUACCUCUUGCCUCAAAAUAUUUCGCUGUGCCAAGGUUGAUUUAUCGCAUUUGACUCCUGAGGAGAGAUGGAGGGUCGAACACGUUCGGAUGCACGCCAAGCACCGGGGCCACGAGGCCAUGCACGCCGAGAUGGUCCUCAUCCUGAUCGCCACCCUGGUAGUGGCUCAGCUCCUCCUGGUGCAGUGGAAGCAGAGGCACCCCCGCUCCUAUAACAUGAUGACCCUCUUCCAGAUGUGGGUCGUCCCCCUCUACUUCACAGUGAAGCUGCACUGGUGGCGGUUCUUGGUGAUCUGGGUCUUCUUCUCGGUCGUCACCGCUUUUGUCACGUUCAGAGCAACACGCAAACCUCUCGUCCAGACGACUCCCAGGUUGGUGUACAAGUGGUUUCUGCUAAUAUACAAGAUCAGCUACGCCACGGGAAUUGUUGGCUACAUGGCUGUGAUGUUCACGCUCUUUGGGCUUAACCUAUUAUUCAGAAUCAAGCCAGAAGAUGGAAUGGACUUUGGGAUUUCUCUUCUCUUCUAUGGCCUCUACUACGGAGUCCUGGAGCGAGACUUUGCCGAAAUGUGUGCUGACUACAUGGCCUCCACUAUAGGGUUCUACAGCGCGUCAGGGAUGCCGACCAAGCACCUCUCGGACAGUGUCUGUGCCGUCUGUGGCCAGCAGAUCUUUGUGGACGUCAAUGAAGAAGGGAUCAUCGAGAACACGUACAGACUGUCCUGCAAUCACGUCUUCCACGAGUUCUGCAUCCGCGGCUGGUGCAUCGUUGGGAAGAAGCAGACUUGCCCCUACUGCAAAGAGAAGGUGGACCUGAAGAGGAUGUUCAGCAACCCCUGGGAACGGCCACACGUCAUGUACGGGCAGCUCCUCGACUGGCUCCGCUACCUGGUGGCCUGGCAGCCGGUCAUCAUUGGACUGGUCCAAGGGAUCAACUACAGCCUGGGCUUGGAGUAACCCCGCUCCUCCUCCCCCCCCCACCAGUUCCCUCCUCCCACCUCCGUCCGGGUCACGCCUGGGGAGCUGCGCCCACCGAGCUGCGUGGCGGAGGGCGGCGCUGAGGACACCCAAAGGAGGAGAUGCGUUUUGAACCACUGACCUCUCAGGAUCGCGGCCUCUUGCUCAACAGCUGCUGCGACAGCUGGAAUUUGGGGGGGGAGGACUUUGCACAAAAGGGGGUGUCGCCGCUGCUUGGGUUGGGAGCGAGAGGAAUCUUUUUUUUAAGGAAAAAAGAGAGAAAAGAAAAGAAUUAUUUUAAUGAGCAUAUUUAAAACCUUUUUAUUGCUGAUGCGAAAGGAAACAGAACCUUUUGGGGGCCCCUCCCUUACCGUCCCAACCCGCUCGUCCUUAGUUAUGGUUGCCGUAGAGCAAAAGAAAUAAGCAGAGAGGAGCUGUGCAGACCUUCUGCCCUUGCUGGCCAGCCCUGCCCCGUCCCUUGUGGGGGAUCAGGAUUCGCACUGGGGUCCCCUCCUAGCCAGCGCAGCAGUUCUGAGAAGCAAGAUUUGGCUGUGGGAUGCAGCUGGGCUGCCCAAAUGAGGCCUGGGGGGGGCAAUGUCUCUGCCUGCCACCCCAUCACCAUCCUGAUACAGAAGAGGGGCUGGCAAAGUGAGACCAGCUACCCAGGAACGGCCUGGGGGUGGGGAGCAGCAAUAAUGUGCAUUUUGUUUGGAGGGAGAAGACCCUCUUUGAGUGUUCCAGCUCGGAGCAGCCUUUCCCCAACUUCACAUAUCUUCACAUAUCUUGCCUUGCUGGAAGUAGUAACCACCCCCUGGCUUGCCUUAGGUUUAUAAACCUGGGCUGGUUCAGAAAAAUCUCCUCCUCUCUCUUUCUCUCUCUGUAUUUUUGCACUGUUUUUCUCUUACAACAUCCCUGUUGGUAGCCGGGCAUUUUUUUGUACAGUUAGUUCCUUUUCUACGAGAGCAUGUCUCGCUGGUGGUCUCUUGUCGGAAGAGGCAAGGCCCGCCAGCUCUCGACAAAGAGGAGCUGCGAAUCGGGGCCUGCCUUGCCAACUCUUCCCUGCCCCCCGAAAUGGACAAGCUGGCCACCUUGGACACCCACCCGCCCCGCCCCCGAUGAUUUCUGUCUGCAACCUCUGUUCUUUCCCUGUUUGGACAUAACUGCGGGGACGCAUGGGGGCGUUUCUUCCGAAAGCACGUUGAUGAGGAACAACAGAGAAGAGGAACCUCUUGGCAGAGGGAAACCCUUGCCGAACUCCCAACUCCUUGCCCACGCAGCCCCACAGAAAGAGUGUGCCUGUGUGUGCAAUAGGGUGCUGCUCAGCAGGGAAGUGGCAAGCGAGGGUACCCCCAACCCUGAGCCAGUGAGAGAGCCUGUGUUUGUCCUGCCACUCGGUUGCUGCCCACACCACCGGCCACCUUUGGGUGACCAGAACCGGCUUCUCCAGGGUAUUGGGAGCACCGUGAUGGAAAACAGGCCGGGCUGGACCCUCCUGGGGUGAGAUAGGCAAUUGCCCCUGGCCCCCAAGCCUCCCUUAUACAGCCAGGCAUCACCCCGUGAAGCCAAAGCUCCCAGAGUGAUGGCCCCGUCCAUCCGAUUCCAGUGCAGUUGGGGCAACUCAGACGUAGGAAGUCCGCAGGAAAUGGCGCCAGCAUUGGAAUCGCUCAGCCUUCCUUUGCCCCUCUCGACUCUCCUGAUGUUUUGAACCACAAAUCCCAUCAGCCCCAGGAUUUGCAAGGCCCCGGGAUAGGGAAAGCUGUGGGCAGCGCCUCUUGCGGCUAGGCCAGUUGGGUAUAUUGUGGAUGGGCGAGAGAGAGCGGUCUCGAGCCCUGCAUUUCGCCCCCUGCCCUGUGGCAACUGCUGAAUGUGUGAAAGAGGGUGGAAAAAACCCAGUGCAUUGGGGGGAAUCCUUCCUGGGACAAGAGGGAGAUCCUCUUCCAGCGCAUAAAAUGCUUCGGCAGCUGUUCCUCAUGCACUUGGCAAGGAUUCCAGGAAGGGUUGUUCCGAAAGGUGUCUCCACGGGGUGAAAUAAACCUUCCUCGGCAACUGGAGUUCCUUCUCCCCACCCGCCCCACUUUUCCUGGGGGCACCUUCCUGGUUCUGUGCUAAGCUUCAAGUGGGCCAUCGGACGGGGGAAGUUUUGAGGGUGGCAGGUAACAUUCUGCAUGUUGCAAGAAUUUCCUCGCCCCAAUGCAUGCCGGUAUUUGGGGGUUAUGUUGGGCAGCCAGUGGGGCAAAGGGUCAAAAAUGUGUUGCUGGAUCCCUUGUGGGGUGACUUCGCUAUCCAGAAAGGUACGGUGCAAUUUGGGGAGAGUCAAGUAGUGUAAGGAUGCAGCGGCUUCAAGGGGGCUGAGCCACAUUCUGCACUCGUUUGCCACCCCACCCCCAAAAAAGCAUAUUUAGUUAUGCAAACUGAGAAGGUCUCGUUUGACUCUUUGUGUCUGCAACUGUGUGAUCCACAAACCAGACAUUUGCAAUCUGAUGAUCUCUUCUGCAAAAAGGUCUUUUGAAAGGCAUAGCGUGGCUUAAUUCUUUUUCUCCCCUAAACGAAUGUGUUGUAAUAAAUUCUGCUGAACUGCG